AUGAUGGGGAAGAAUGCGACGAUGAGUUACAUCACUUUCGACUUCAGUCCUACGCAUCCCAGUCUCGUGGACGUUCACGUGUACGUGAUUCCUGAGGAUCAAUGGAAUCGAUCUCGGCGUCUGGCGAAAAGUGCGAUUGCUGCCACCUCAAUUUCCUCGGGAUUCGUCAGAGCCAUGCCGGAUUUAACCUUGCUGAACUUCAGAAAAGAAAUCGCUUUGCAGCUCGGUCCGACCGAAGUCCCGAAUCCCUACAUUUUCGUCAGAUGCGUGGGCAAACAUUUUACUCAGGUCCGACCCCAACAAGAGCACUAUUUGAAAGUGAAGAAUUUCGUGCCGCCUUUCAACCCGGAACCCGCAAUUUUCGUUGUGAAACCCGCUGCGUUGACGCCUUCGUCUCGUCGGCAAUUGAUCACAGCUGGGAUGGAAAAUGCCAACCAAUUUGGCAGAAAUUCAUCUUCGAACAAUUACGGUUACAGCCAAUUGAGAUUUCUAGUGAAAAAUAAUCAUAAUAAAAAGAAACGAAUGGAAGACACGCCUUCUUUGGGCCGUAAACUUGUCGUGACAUGUCCGACGCAAAUCCUGCUUGAUGACCAGUUGAGCUGCAACCGAGAUGACGUUCAUCCAGGCCAAAAUCGCCGAGGAACCAAAUCGUCUAGACGAAUUUCAUCUUCUAGCAGAGUCCUCGCAUCGCCUCUUUAUUCCACAAAAGCCAGAUGGACAGCGUUUUUCACCAAAGCAACUCCUCGUUUAACUGGAAACUCCGCAGUGAGACGCAGGAAAUUGGCAGCUUUGCAGAGCCACGGGAAAGACGAAUUGGGCAUUCUGAAUCCACAAGGUGACGCUAGGGGAUUUGCAGAAAUUUAG